AGAAAAGCCAGAUCGGAAUGAAUCCUUCUUCGCGAUAAAACUGUCUCUCAGCGGCCGUGCACGACGAACCUAUCCUGACGUGCGUUCGGGUAUUCGCUGGAACAUGCAGUUUGUUAUGAUGACAAUGUGGUCGUCGUGGGAUGUCUCUCCGUGGCCAAGCGUGGCAGAAUGUGAACCUUCAACUGGACGCUACGCUGAAUAUACGGCAAGGGAACGAGGAAGAAGCAAACGCACUCGUUUCAAGUUGUGGAUGUUGCAGUUUGUUGGUUUUAGCUAGCGAAUAGCGUGGCACUUCCGAGCAGUGCGCAGUGGCUGAGAGGAACUGCAAGCUGAGCUGGGUGAAGAAAAGGAGGACAGAGUGGACGUUCCUAAAAAGCCUGUGCAUGUGUGUGUGUGUGUGGAGCAGUUAGGGUCUCAGUGACAGUCGGGAGGAGCUGUGGAACAGCAGUGCCGUGAGCAGAGCAAGGCAGGAUCAUGACUGGCCAUGCCUUUGCCAGAGGCCCUGGUACUGGCACCAACUGCAGGCCUGCAUAUACGCUGGUAGCCAUUAUUGCAAGUGUUGUCUUGCUGGCCGACCAAGGUAGCAGCAGUUCUACCUUUGACAGGUUGAUAAUGGGCAGCGAAGUAGCCAUCUCUAACUUCCAUUACAUGCUGGCCAAGGGUUACUAUUCCGAUCUAUCUAGUCUCUACACUCAGCUGAGUGAAACAGAGAUGACCUAUACAUGUAGCAGUAACUCUACAUGCCGCAUCCAUAGGUGGACGAUCCGCUACUACGGCACUUGCAAGUUUGUGAUGCAGGUGUGGAAGAACGUGUCGCUGAGUUCAGCUGACCUAAAGUUUGAGCUGAUUGGCCAGAACGCGUUGAACACUCCUGCACACACCUACUACCCGGGUAUAACCCACUACGAAGACGUGCCCAUCGAGCAACAGUUCAGCUUCACUGGCACCGUACAUCUGGGGUUUUCACAGAUCCACGUUUUAAACAUCAGUGGACCGAGAGUGGAACAAUGUGGUGUUCUGAUGUCGUACUCGGAGGCAGCGACAGGAUUCCUGGUGGACAACGAGCUAAAGGAAGAUCCAGUCCGCUGUCUAAAUAGCACGAUAACAUUUCCUCACGGCCUGUACUACGUGCAGGGGCACCGAGGCCUAGUCUUCGGCGCUUUCAUCACCAAUGCUUCUGCCAAUGAUAGUAGGUUUGGCACCGACAUCCAGCAGUGCAUCGCAGCACCCGGCUUGGACCCAUUGGGGAACGGCACACAAAUGUCACUGAACACCAUCCCUGCCAGUGUUGAAGCACCGACAACCACUGAAGCUAUUCAGCCUACACCUAGUGCUGGAAGAACAUCGGCAGCAUUGUCCAGCAACAGCAGCAGCAGCAGCACCGGGUCCGAAGUAAGCACAGAGCCAAGUAGUACAGACGCACAAUGUGCAGAUAAGCAGGGUGGCGGUGUUGAGAAGGACACGUCUUACCUCUAUACCUGGCUACCAGUGGUGCUGGCUGAAGCAGUCCUCGUUCUACUGCUUAUUGCCUUGCUGCUUCGCCGGUCCCAGCGCAGCCGUGCCAAGGAUAAUGCAAAGAGAUUCCUACCCGCUGUCACGCCAGGUUACGAGAAUAUUAGUUCUGUGAAGAGCCAGAAGAGGCAGGCAAACGACGCAGCACAGCCUGUCGUCGCGUACAAGAACAAGAGCUCGGAGGCGUUUUCUCGGCAAGACAGUGGUACAAGCGCAGAUCUCGCUAUGCUCGGCUCUCCCCUCAAAACCAGCACCAGCAGCAACUCCGCCGGAUUUGCUGGCAGUAAUGGAUGUCACACCCCGGCCGCUGUGUUUAGUGUUUCAAUCGACAGUCGGUCCACAGCCUCUACCCUGCAGUCGUCAGUGGAGGGUAGCGAUAAUCGCACAAUAUCGGGCAUGAGCAGUGACAAUCAAGAUCUGGUGUUCUCAACACCGAGCGGCGGCGACAAUCCAGCAGUGGUCGUCGUGGGAGCCCAGCGGCACGCCUACGAAGUCGUCUUGCCAGCACGUGCUGCUGUGGCCACGAGGGCAGCAGUGUACGAGACUGCACCCACCAUCUCCAAGCGUGUGCAAAGCAUGGCCACACACUUCCGCUCAUCGCCCAAGCAAGCAGCGAAGUCAACAGCCAAUACCAAGAUCCAGACUUCACCACCAAGCCAUGGUACAGCGCUGGCUGUGUCCAGUACAGCCACGCGUUGUCUCUAUGACAACGCUCGCGAUAAUCCCAAGCUUCGUCGUGGUAGAAACCCGGCUGAUCCUCGACCGUACAGUAAUCAUGAGAUCCAGUCAUACACUGGGAAUGGAACAUCGUCAUCUUCUUCACCCGUCCCACAGAAACAUGGACCUUACAACGGCAGUUUGGGUUACCGCUUGCCACAUGAUGCCAUUCGAGUUCCAAACGAUCCUGUGUGUACGCCUGCUCAAGACACGCUGCUUUCCAGCAUGGCUUCUCUCACACCCCGGAGUAGCGCUAAACACAGCAAACGCUCUGCCCAUGGUGCCAGCUAUCUUAAACCCGAGGAUGAGGGCCCUCCGACCAUGCCAGCACGCAGCACACCAGCACCUUACUUUGAUCUGGAGAUUCCCGCAAAUCGUGAUAACAGCGGUGGUGAUGGCAGUGAUCAACGUGCAACGCUCCCAACCGUGCACAGUGUAUUCUCCUUUUCUAGUAACGAGACAACGCCACAUGGUAAUGCUAGAAGAGAUAGCAACGAUGGCUGCACAGUCAGGGCUGCAAAACACGACCAGCAGGCUGCCGGGUCUUACCCAUGUGGUGAUGGUGGCGACGACUCCAGCAGCGUGGAGUUGCUCAGCGCCGAUCCGUUUGUCCCGCCGCCUAGCGAGAGUACCGAGUUGGAGAUGCAGUUGAGUGUGCAGGGCAUUGAGCAGUUCUCCUCACACCAGCUAGUCUGUGGAGACAUACUGGGAACAGGUGAGUUUGGAGUGGUGAGGCUAGCGGCACUUCAACUUGAACAGACGGCUGAACCCAAGCUGGUGGCUGUCAAGCAACUGCGAACAGACAAGGCCAGUCAUCGCGUGGUGUCGGAUAACUGCUUGAAGGAAGCCCUGAUGCUGGGACAGUUCCACCAUCCGCACAUCAUGCAGUUCCUCGGGGUUGUCAGAGAAACGGACAAACCAGUCAAGUUGGUGUUGGAGUUGUUGACUGGAGGAGAUUUGCUAUCACAUUUGAAGGCACUGGAGAAAGAUCGCAGCCUGUCUGACGUGGACCUAUUUGAGCGUCUGGUGCAGUUCUCACUGGACAUUGCCCAUGGUGCACAGUACUUGGCCGAGAAGAACUUCAUUCACCGGGAUCUUGCAAGUCGUAACAUCAUGUUGGACAGCAACCUCAUGUGCAAGAUCUCUGAUUUUGGUAUGAGUCGCAAGCUAUCUGACUGCGAUUUCUAUGAGUCCAGCGGAGGGAAAGUGCCGGUUCGCUGGACAGCACCAGAAGCUCUGAUCUUCAAGAAGUACUCAGUGUGGAGUGACGUUUGGUCAUACGGUGUCAUCCUCUAUGAGAUCUGGGCUCUUGGAGCCAAGCCGUACGCCAGUCUAAGCCCAGAAGAGAUUCUGGAGGUGGUCGUUGCAGAGCAAUAUCGGCUAUCGCGUCCCCGUCUGUGUCCCGAGUACAUUUACAGCAUCAUGCGGUCAACAUGGCUUGUUGAACCUCACUCACGUCCCAUGUUCAAGACAUUGGUCAAGCAGCUGACAACCUUCAUCCAUUGCCAUCACCAGCACCAGCAUCAACUACAGCUAAAGCAGCAAGAUCAACAAGUCCAGAUCUCCACACUGCAGCAGUAUCACCGUCCAACUCCGGAGCAGCAGGAGCAGAUGGAACAAAGUCACCAACUUGAGCUCCUUGAUCAACACCUGUAUCAGCAGCAGAUUGAAGUCCAAGCCCACCCACAACAACAGGGAGAGCAGCAACAGCAGCAGCAGCAGGAGGAGAAAUUCCCACACCAGGCGGAAGAGAAUGAAGGGCAGGUGUCGACGACGCUAAACACACCUCUGACCGCGUGUCCAGAUGGGAUCACUACUGUAUGACCAUCAUAGUUGUGCGGCUCGGAAACUCCUACUCGCCCUAUGUGCGUUGCGUAUCAGCUACCAGAGAGUGAUGGGGGUACGUUACAGUUGUGUAUUGCCACUAUGUGAAGAAAACAAACUAUAGACUGGUUCAGCCACUGCCUAGUCACAUGGCACAUUCUUUCUUACCGUUAAGUCCUGAAAUUCGCCAGCAUCGUACCAUAGGCUAGCAGAGCACAGAAUGUUAGUCAGAGCACAUGUACUCUGCUGUUUUUCGAUUUUGACAGCAUGUUACAAGGCGAGGAUGCAUAGUGCUUGUAACACGCUGUCAAAAUCGAAAAACAUGUUACCAAGCAAGGCUUCUGUGUAUAUACCAUGCACUCUGCUGCUAGCUGCAUGGCUAUGCAUACAUGUACUCUGCUGCUAGCUAUGCAUACACUGUACUCUGCUGCUAGCUGCAUGGCUAUGCAUACACCGCCCUGACAGCCACUGCAGCUACUGUAUAAAAUUAAUGCUCUCGGAUCAUCAUUAUUCCUAGGCAUGCAGCAGCUGAACUGUACAGUGCACAGUGCAUACAAUCCUAACUGUAACGACUGGUCAGUUUGAUAUGCAUGCUGUAUACAUACGUGUAACACACAUGUAAUACUUCAAAAUAGUUGACAAUGAUGACGAAUGGCGUGUAUACUCUUUACGAUCGUGUCCAUAGCUGACAUGUGCUGGUAUGCUGCUGUUAUGAAUGCGUUUUGCUGCUGAGUCAUGUUUACCAUUGUCCAAUGAUGUCGUUGCGAUACAGUGUAUCUUUUCAGUAUUUUGACGGCAUGCAGCAUAAAUCUACAUAAUGGCAAGGCAUUGUCGGUAAUACUAGCCUAGGCGGCGUUCUUUUCGCUCGUUAGUUGAUAUGCUAUCGUAAGGAGUUAGUUGUUUCCUGCAGCUUUACUCAGAAUAACUCUGCUUGCCUGCAACUAUGUGUGGAGCCAUAUUUAUUCCGUUUUGAAUGUUCAUGACUCAGUCCUUCGCUAUUUUGAGUUUUUAUCUUUCUUCCAGUCUUGUUAUAAUCAUUUCCCUUUUUAAA